AUGGCACCACUCACGCCCCAUUGGACCCAGCCGUCCCACCCGGACAUCCAGGAUGUUAUCAAGGCGAGCGAGACUGAAUUUCUCACCAAGAGCUUCUCCAAGGUGGCUCUGCCGCCUUUCGCAGUCUAUGCAAAGAUGUCUUUCCCACCUUGCAACUUGGCAGAUGAGCCAACAUACGCGACCGUCCAGUGCGGCAAGGAUAAACACCUCAACCUCAACAGUGACCUGCUGUACAUCAACCACUCCUGCGAACCGUCUCUAGUCAGUCAUCUUCCUGGGCCCUCGCCAGGUCCCCAGAACCGCGAGCACGGACAGGCAGGGUCAUCCUGGGAAUAUAUCUUCGACACGGGCAACUUUAACGUUCUGGCUGGCCCGAAAGGACUCCAGCCAGGCGACGAACUGACUUUCUUCUACCCCUCUACGGAGUGGCACAUGGCCCAGCCCUUCGACUGCUUCUGCGGCACCCCGUCUUGCCGCGGCCGCAUCGCCGGCGCACGCGACAUGCCCCGCGCCCAGCUCGAAGGCCUCUGGCUGAACGGCCACAUCCGCGAGCUCCUCGACGAGCGCGACUCUGGUCGCUCUGGAAAUGACGACCCGACCGCCCAAGCGCUGAGAGACGCGCUCAAGGCCGCUGAGCGCGUUGUCGAGGCAGCCCGCUCCGCUCUGAGGACCUACACCGAGUCAUCCUCCGCCGGUGGCAACAACGCCCCGCAGCAGGCGCAGGCGAUCAAGAACGGCGUCAACGGAUCCAAGACCAAUGGCAGCAGGAACGGGGCGAGUGCCCGAGAGCUGGGCGGCGAGUUGGGUGGUGACACGACUGCGUAG